CAUGCCGCGCUCCUUCCUGGUGAAGAAACCCUCCAGCACCCGCGUCCCCAACUACGGGCAGCUGGAGACGCGGCGGCGGCAAGAAAUCAAUGGCGCGUGCCACUCCUGCGGGGGGCUGGUCUUCCCCAUCCUCAUCCCGAAUGACAGCGCCCCUUCCACGCCCUGGGACGGCAGCUCCAUCCUCGCCCGCUUCUCCUUGCCUCUCCCACUGGAUGGUGAUACCAAAAGGACUCCCAGCACAAGCCCCCACAACCUGGAGAUCAGCCUGGUGGACACGUUAACGGGCCGAGCCCCGGGCACCCCUCUCAAAGACAACCAGAACAAUCUCAACCUGCCAUCUGUCCUCAGCCUGCCCCCAAGGAGGCCAUCCAACCCGGGGAGCCCAGCAGAGGGGGACAGGGGAGCCCAGGACAAACUGCAAGGGGCACGGGGCAGGGCAGCUGAGCCCUUGGAGAGAUUUGAGUGCUUUGACUGCCACAAGUCCUACCACACCUUCUCCGGGCUGGCCAAACACCGCCAACAGCGCUGCGUGCUGCAGGCCAGGAAGUAUUUCAACUGCAAGUACUGUGACAAGGAGUACGGGAGCCUGGGGGCGCUCAAGAUGCACAUCCGCACCCACACGCUGCCCUGCGUCUGCAAGAUCUGCGGCAAAGCCUUCUCCAGGCCUUGGCUGCUCCAGGGACAUAUCCGAACGCACACAGGAGAAAAGCCCUACAGCUGCUCGCACUGCAGCCGCGCCUUUGCCGACCGUUCCAACCUCCGUGCCCACCUGCAGACGCACUCGGACGUCAAGAAGUACCAGUGCCGGGGCUGCUCCAAGACCUUCUCCCGGAUGUCUCUGCUCUCCCGGCACGAGGAGGCUGGCUGCUGCCCUGCAUCCUGACACCCACUGCCCAUGGCUGCACCAAGCAGUCAGAAUGAGGAAACCCGCUGUAGGCCUGGGCAUCUCCGUGGGAGCUUCCGGCAUCCUGCCACGCUGUGGAGGGUGCGGGUGGACGUGUGCUAGCAUGGGAGAAGGCUCCGGUUCCUGGUGAUGGUGGAGAGCUAUACCCAUCUUCCAGCUUUGUGUCUUCAGCUGAAUGGCACCAGCUCUGCAGAGGGUGGUGCUGGAGGCCUGGCAAACUCAUUGCAGGAAUGACUUGGUUCUUUCUCCAUGCAGGCAAUGUCCUUCCGUGUGCGCAUGAGGAAGGGGAGUGGAGACUAGCUUUGAGCUCCUUGCAUUGAGCUCUGGCUCUCUAGGGGUGAACCGGAUCACCCCCAAGCUCCAUGCAUCCACUCUGCUCACUUGCCUGGAAGUAUGUUUGUCUGCACCCGUUCAGCGGGACUGCCCGAACGGUGCUUCAAGCAGUGCCACGCCGGAGGAAUAACCUCUCCUCAUUUCUGCCUCUCUCCCAUCCUUUGCAUCCAAGAGUCUCCACCUCCCUCAUUAGGGGCUGGGCCGUCAAAUGCAACUCGCUGUCCUGUCACCAGCAGCCGGUGGGAGCUGUCCAUUCCCCCCUGCUCUGUGGCUGCCAGUGUGGGAUCUGUUGUCGCACAUGGGCUCAGUUUGAUUGCCUGGUGUCUAAUAAAAAAUGAAACCGAGAGCCUGCAAAGUGAACUUGUCUUAUUGCCCAAUGAGAGCACGGGGCCAGCGACUUCUCACUGCUUCCUGCUCCAUCUUGGUGACGCGUCCUCCUAGUGCUUCUCCCCAGCCUCAGUACUUAUCCAAUUGGGUUAUUUGUAUUGCAGUAGUACCCAGAGCCCUAGCAAGGGCCAGGAUCCCAGCAUGCUAGGCGCUGUACAAACACAGAACAAAAAAUGGUCCCUGCCCCCAAGGAGCUUACAGUCUUAAGUCUAAGACAAGGGGCAAUGGAGGAUAGAGACAGAGAAGAGAAGAAACAAUGAGACACCAUUGGUUGGCAGAAGUCUCCAGGGCUGUGCGUAGUCAUAGCCGAGGGACUGCUUCUGUGCUGUUUGGCUUUCAGACACUCCCUUACCUCUCUCCCGGGCAUCUGCUUCUCCCCGCUCCUGGCGCAGUUUCACCCGCCCUCACCACUUGGACACAGACGCGUCCUCCAGCCCCAAAACAUACCCUGGGUCUUGCAUUGUUAGCAGUUGCUGGAAGGACAGCUCCCAGGUCUGAAAUCUCUGCUAUUUGUCUAGGCUUUUUUCUUUUAAAGACCUUGUUUAUGUAGGCCCUACUGCCAGUGUGUCAUGCAACCCCUGCUGUUGCUUGACUGGCAGUUGUGCUGCAUUCACAGCUAUGCUCGGAGGUAGCCUCCCAACCACAGCCAACCUGGCACCCCACCUCUACCGUGAUGAGGGAGGGGCUCACUCCCUUGUACCUCUU